UAUUUGAGAAAUUUUAUAAUAAAAGUGGGACAAUAUGUUUGCAACUUAUCAUAUACUGUGAUAUAAAAGAGAAAAUCAUUUCUUGUGAUAACAAUUCAUAAUAUUUUGUCAUUUAAUUUACAGACAAAUCUUCAAUUGACACAUCAAUGUAAUAUUAUAUAAAGAGAUCGACAUAUUUAUUUGACACCCAGUCUUUUGACAACAACUUUAAUUAACUCUUUUAAAUGAUUUGUGUCCUAACAAUCGUGUGAUUGUAGGCAAUGCACAACAUUAAUAAACUAACGGUUUUAUUGGCAUUCAUAUACAUUGUUUACGUUAGCGGCGAUGAAAGCGAUAAAUCAAUUGAUAAAUCCGUGUCUACAAAGAAACCGACGACACAACCAAAGACUACUUCACAUGACAUCAAAGUCAUUGAAACGAUAUACUCAAGUACUUGGGAUAGCGAUCGCAUACACAGACCAAACAUUACGACGAGUGACCAAAAUAUUAAUAACAAUCAAAACAACACCUCAUUAUCAGAUCAACAGACAGACAGUACUUCUCUAAAUAAUAAGAAUAAGAAGACAAAGAAAAAACAAACCAAAAGUAAAUCGAAGAAAAAGAAGAAGAAAAAUAAAACCAAUAAAAAGACUGAAAAGACUAAUGAAAAAAAUGUGACCAAAAGUGAUGACAAACUGUCGGAAUCAAGUGAAGAGAAAAAUAUAGAUAAACAAAGUAAUAACGAAAAUGUGACGACAAUUACAAAUAAUGACAAAGAAAUUGAUACUUCUUUGUCAACAAAUCAAACCAAUUCUGAUCCAAAAGAAGAUAUAUCUGAAUCAUCGGACACAGAAACUGCAGAAAAUUCUGUUCCUAUAAUUAAAUUGAUUAAUAACGGGACGGAUGACACGGAACCGGCAGAAACUAUGUUAGGCGGUUACGGACAUAAAAAACAUGGCGGCGGACACUCAUCCAAAAAAGGUGGAUCUUAUUCGGGAUCUGAAAAACAUAAUGAAGGAAAAUAUGGAGGCAAAUGGAAACACGGAGGAGACGACUAUAAAAAAUACAAGAAAUCCGGUGGAGAUAAAGCUUUGCAUAAGGGAGGAAAGGAAUAUGGAAAAUAUGGUAAAGAUGCUAAAGGACAUCAUAAACACGGAAAGUUUGAAGGUAAAAAAUAUGGCAAAAAAUCACACGGAGGUUCCGGUGGACAGGGAGGCAAAAAAGGGAAAAAAUAUUACAAAGAUAAAGGAUAUAAGAAAAAGGGUUUUAAAAAUGUUUACCAUAAAGAAGAGUUUGGUGAUCACAAAACAUAUUUCGAUGAGUUUAGAGACAAAGACUUCAAAAAGAAAUGGAAAGGAUUUAAUGAUCACUACGACUAUAAAGGGGGCAAAAAAUGGAAGGGAAAGGAUGGCAAACAAUACCAUAAAAAGAAAUCAGUCGGCGAUCACCACAAAAAGUUUGGAAAAGGCUCGUAUAAGAAGCAUAAAUCUGAUUCUCAUAAAAAGGGUGGCGAUUAUUAUAAAUCAGGUCACGGAUCUAAAAGUAAUAAAGGGGGACAUAAGUCACAUAAAGGUCAUCACUCAAAGAAAUCACAUAAGAAAAAGGGAAAGGGGAAAGGUCACCACUGAUGACCACUUUAUUAUUAUAGAUAACAUUGUGAUUAA